UCAAAGGAAUUAGGUAGAAGUAGCUAUAGUUUAACAGUGAAGAGGUGUGAAUAGAAACCAGACACAACACACACUUUACCCUUUACGUUCUUGUGUUGUUCUUUCUUUGACACUUUCAUUUCAUUCCUCAAACUCUAUCAACAACAACAACAAUAGAAGCCAUGGAUAGGCUUCUAUCUUCUUCUUCUUCUUCUCUCAACACCAACCUCAAACCCUUCACUUUCCUUCCUCUUAAACCUCGUUUUAAUUCUGCAAGAUUCAAUUUUUUCCCUUCAAAUCGUUCUUCCUUCAAGUGGGUCGCUUCAAUUUCUCGUAACAAUGAAAACCCAUCUCCAUUUUUGUCUGCAACGCCCCUUUUCGUCAAACCAAACAAUUCACUUUCUCAUGUUGCCAAUUCUGAUAACCCUAUAAUUGAAUCUCAACCUGUCAAUAAGAUCAAUGCCACUGAUUUCAAAAAACCAAAGGGAUUAACAGUUCAGACAUUUGUAAUACUCUCUGCUCUUGUUGUGCUCUUAAUUCAACCAGUUUUUGCACCAGCAGCUUUUGCAACAUUUGCAAAUGCUGCCAAGACCAGUGGUCCUGCCACAACUGCAGUUGGGGGAAAACUUAUCCGUACCGAGCUCCUAAGUAGUGCUUGGACUGGUUUCUUUGCUGGUUGCUUGCACACAUUAUCAGGGCCUGACCACCUUGCAGCUUUGGCUCCAUUGUCAAUUGGCCGUACUCGAACAGAGAGCGCUCUCGUUGGAGCCCUUUGGGGUUGUGGCCAUGAUGCUGGUCAGUUAAUCUUUGGCUUAAUAUUUUUGCUCCUAAAAGAUCGACUUCACAUUGAAAUUAUCCGAACUUGGGGCACAAGAGUAGUAGGUCUUACCUUGCUAGUAAUUGGUGCUAUGGGAAUUAAGGAAGCUUCAGAAGUUUCUGCCCCAAUUGUUGCCUUAGAAAACGGUGAAAGCAGCGUCGGCGCCUAUGAAUCACUCGAUAAUCCUGUAGCUGGAAAGAAGAAGAUUGGUUUUGCUACUUUUGCCACUGGAAUAGUUCAUGGACUGCAACCAGAUGCGUUGAUGAUGGUGUUGCCUGCUCUUGCUUUGCCUUCUCGUGUAUCCGGUGCUGCAUUUCUCAUCAUGUUCUUAGUUGGAACUGUAGUUGCAAUGGGGAGCUAUACAGUAUUUAUAGGAUCAUGUAGCCAAGCACUAAAGGAUAGAGUGCCUAGAAUAACCGAGAAACUCACUUGGGCUUCUUCUCUUAUAGCGAUAGCCCUUGGGUUUGCCAUCAUCAUUAGCCAGUUUUUUGGGUUUAGUUUGUAUUGAUUUCACACUUUAGCCAGCCGGGAAUUUUUAUGAUGAUCAUUUGUGUUAAGAAAUAGUAGGACGGUUAAGUUAAGAGAGAAAUUUUAUUGUUUGGAGAAAGUUUAUAAUUCAUGCAAUAUGUGAUGUUGAUUCCUAUGGUAUUAAUUAAUUGAGUUUGCUGUUUAAUGUAUAUGACUCUGGUAGGUUUGAU